UCAUUUACUGUGUAAAGGUGUGCAAUGAACCGUUCAGUGAGCAGAUGUUUUAAAGUUUUCAUUAGCUAAAUAAAAAUGGCUUAACCGAAAAAUGGCCCAACACCCCCCUCCCAAUAUUAAAUGGCCCCAAUUCACAGAUAGGUAAAAUUAAGUCUUCACUGCUGGGAUAUUUUUCAAAAUUAUUUAAUAUUAAGAAAUAUUUAUGUACACUACAGUAGGCCUAUUUAUAUUUAAGACCACAUAUCUGCAAAUUUUCAUAAUUUUUAUAUCCGACCCUUGUUGCUAUUGAGUCAUUCCAUAUGGUUCCAACACACUUUUUUGCCCAACCCCCUUGAAAUCGCCCAAUAUUUUGCCUGUUGGGGGGUCUACCUGAGAUAACCUCACAGUGAGUCUUUUGGCUCCCCGCCAGCAUUUUCUGAUGAGUUAGAGCAAUUUGAAAUUUUCAUGAGAUUUGGCUAAAAAACUCACCUUCUGACAGACAACUGCUGUUUUGCAUUUGGAGUACUAAAUGUUUAUGCCUAGCUAGGCUACACCCAGUCUAUAACUUAUAAUACACAAAAGAAUAAAAUAAUAGUAAUACAAAAAUUCUUGGCAUCCUAAACCUAUUGUAGAGCAACAUCAAGACAAACAACCCAUUGUGCACCCCACCUUGCAAUAGUAUAGUCCAUUGUUGGGUGGCUUUGGACGGGACGUGGAUUUUAACAGGGGUGGCUUAUUUCCUACAUUUUUUUUUUCCUAUUCAAAAAAAACAAAAAUAAAAAUAAUUAUACAGAUACCCUUCUCUUUAUCACUAAAAAUUUGGAGGACAAAAAACCAAAAAACCAAUUAAUGAAGCAAUUAAACACAGGUGGUACGAAAUAUAAUACAGCAUGAUAGACUUCCAAAUAUAUUUAGUGAAUUGACUAUUACUGAAUAUUAAACUCACAGUUCAAAAUGUCUGCAUCACUGAUUGAUUUUGUCUAGCCUCACCGAUUGAUUUUGUCUAGCCAAGCAUAUAGUACACAAUAGCAGCACUGGAGUGAUACAACACCAACACGUAAUAAAAAUACAACCAUUGUACAUUCCAGUCACAAUACAGUAUAAGGUACUAACACCUCAGCGUAAUCUAAAGAACAAGUCUGGAGUGCAAGGUAGUAGAGUCGAGGAUCAUUCUGAGGUGGAAGCUACGGGAUCCCAGCAUCUUGCCUAACAGAGUGCCUGUGUGCACCUAUUUGUCAGUUGGUGGAGCCCUGUUCUGAACACCUAUGAUUAUUUGUUCCAGGAAUGAAUGAGUAAAUUUAGCAGCAUUAACAUGGCUUCAAGUCAAGGACUCACUAAAAUGGCUUUUAAACAACUUUUGACAGUUUUUUCGGAUUGGUAUGACCAGCGCCAAUACCUCAAUAUGCUUAAAGUUUUGUACAGGGACCUUGUGGGAGAUAUAAAUAAAUUGAGCAACGCUGGUUUAAUGACAAACACAUAAUUACUGAAGUCAUAGCCAUGAAAACAACUCUCAAGUGUGAUGAAGCUGAUAAUACCAAGUGGACAGAAAAGGAAAUUGAUUACAAAGAUGAAAUCAAAGACAAGCAUGAAAAUGCUCUUGCAAAAAAAACAGCAGAGGAUUUACAAAAACAAGAAGUCGCAUCAAGUCUGGAAUACAGAGGGGAACCAAUUGGCGAUCAAAAGAAAAAAAAUUCUAAUGAUGAUACAUCUGGUAAUGAAGAAGCCAAACAAAGUAAACCCAAUACCAAUACCACUGGUGAAAGAUCUCAAGCCACUACAUCGGCAUCACCAAUGAAAGAUAAAAUAAAGAUAGAUGCCAAUAUGAGAGAAAAGAUUGUACAAGUAUUGAAAGGCGAACCUCCAAGGGAUAAUUCAUUACGGAUAUGGGAUUAUGGAGGUCAAUUAAUCUACCACAGUAUUCACAGGUUUUACAUGACACCUAAAAGUAUCUUCGUGAUCGUUUUUAACAUUGCUGAUGACCUUGAUGAUUACGCAAUAGUUAUAGAUUCAUCUGGAAAUGAACACAAAUACUACAUGACAAAUCUAGAGUAUUUGUUAUAUUGGAUUCGAUCAGCUUACACAUACACAAGAGCUGAUGUGCGUGGUCAUUGUGAGAAGAACUUUCCAGUCUUCAUCAUUCUUGGUACCCAUCGCAAUUCGCCGGCUAAAAGUGGAGAUGAUGUAAAUGUUGAGGAGAAGUUUGAGAAAAUUCUAAAAGCACUUGAAGACAAGGUUUAUGAGUCCCAUGUCCAUCCGGAAAUCUUUGCUGUCGAGAACAAAUUAUCAUCUUCAGAUGAAAAUUUCAACAAACUCAAGAAAGUUAUUCUUGAAAUCAAAGAUGAGAUGAAGAAUCCUAUCCCAAACACGUGGCUAGAGUUAUUGAUUGAGAUUCAGAAAUUAAGUGAAGUGGCUCUCCCUUUGGAACAGGUUAAAUCAAUGGCAAGGGAGUGUGGAAUUUUAGAUGAUCAGACAAUUGAUGUUGCAAUCACAUACUUAAGUGAUGUCGGUGAAAUCAUGUAUCACCCAACAGAAGAAGCACUAAAGGACAUAGUGGUGACUCAACCAAUGGAGAUUGUCGAGUAUUUUAAGACUGUGUUCACCAUCAUAGAGAAAAAAAAAAGGAAAAAAGAUUUAAAGAAGCAUUGGAGAAAAUUGGAAAAAGGUGUUCUAACAAAGCACCUUCUUAAGCAUCUUUGGGAGCAGUUUCCGAUAUUUCAGAAUGACCCAAAUGAGGAAAUGUUUAAUUUUUUUGUCAAUUUGAUGACAAAAUUUGGCCUGAUUUGUCCAAAAAAGAAUGAAAAUACUGAUUCAGAUGGUAUUGCUUACUAUGCUGUUUCACAUUUGCCGCCACAGCGAUAUGUAGAAGAUCCAAAAGAUGACCAAGUGAAUGACAAAGUAUCCAUCUUCCAUGACUUCUGUGGCUUUCUUCCCGACCAUUUAUUCCACGUGGCUGUCACUAAAUUCAUUGAAAAGUUUCAAGUGGUAAAUGGAUUUGAAACUGAAUUGGCAUAUGAUCAGGCAAAGCUUAGUGUUGAUGAUCAUCAUUAUGUGAGGAUAGCAGUGGCAACCAUCAACCACCAUCGGAUGUUUAAGACAACAAUUGUGAGGCGACAACACCCUAAUGCUGCUUGUGUUAUGGAACUAGUACCAGAAACAUGUAAAAAGGUAUUGUCAUUUCUUGAAUCAGUUCUUGAGGGUUUGUGUUCAUCUGCAAGAGGGAUUAAAUACCAGAUGUGUAUACCAUGCAGUUGUAGUGAGAAAUAUCAGUGCAUGCACAAUCUUGAAAAUUUCAAUAAAGAUAUAGUGGUUUGUGGUGAUUUUCAAAUAAGCAUUGAACGCUACUGCAGAUUGUUUGGAGAUUCAAGUUCUACAAUUUAUCCAUCUGAGCAGAUUGCAAUUCAAGGAAUGACAGAUGUGCAGUUCAAUACACUUAAAAUGGAUGUUUCAACGUGGUAUGACGACCGCAAAUGUCUUACUAUGUUGAAACUUUUGUUCAGAGAUCAUGUGGACAAAGUGACACUAUCGGGUAUAUCUAACACAAUGAGAUUGCUGAAUGAUUUAGUUACACAUGAUCAUUUGCAUUCAGAAAAUCUUGCUAUUCUGUAUGAUACCAUCAUCAUAACUAAACAUUUUGGUCUGCAACGAAAGAUUAAACUACCGUUAUUCCCGGAUCUUAAGGAAGGAACCAUUUUGAAAGAGUUCACUCUUCACAGACAAAAACUAAUGAAGUUGGGAAUGAACCUGACCCUAAACAAUGUGACACAAAUUGAUGAAUUGCUUAAUACACCUUGUAAGGAGUAUACCGACGUCUGGAGUAUGAUCAUUGAUCUAGAAGACAGACAGAUAAUCAGUGAAAAGAAUAUGAAAGUAUUCAUUGAUUCAUUGAAAAUUCUUGAAAUCUAUCCUGCAUUGAAUGCACUACAAGACCUGCCGCCCCCACCUGGCGCCACCCAACCAGUGGUGGCACCUGGUUCCUCCCUCCCCCAGUCGCCUGAUGCCAUGACAAGGUCAUCGGAUUGGAUCUACAAAAAAUAAUUUGCAUAUCCAAAAUGUUAUCUUGCGGAUUGCCAAUCCCUGAUUGGUUUAAUUUGGGCCAUAAUAUGCAAACCCAAAUAAAAAUUGGUCUAAUUGGGGCCAUACUAUGCAAACUCAAAUAAAAAAUCAAGGCUCCUUGGUUAAGACUCACCCUGCUCCGGACACAUCGGACCCCUUGGCGAAAAAAUUUCUGGAGCCAACACAGCUGUUACCAUUACCAGCUCUUACACCUUACAACUAAGUUUACAGGUAGCAAAUAAAAAUGAAUUUUGUAUUUGAUACCUAGACAGUGUGAAAUUCUCACUUUAUUUUUGGCAGUUUUCUUAAGAAUAAUUUACAAAAUAAAUUUUUAUCUACUGAGCAAUAGCUGUCGCGUAGGCCUAUCCCCGACCGGCACUGCACUUACGAUGACAGUGACAAGCUGACGACCGGCACAUGUGAAUGAUUCUGUAAACAUCGGAAACAUAAGUAAAACACGAAGUAGUGCCUACCUCACUCUAAAACCAAGGACUUAUUAACUGUGAACGCCCAAUUCGUUGAGAAAAUAACAGUAGAUGGUUACGUUGGUGUGAAAAUCACCCAAAUGGAAAUUUCCUCUGUGAUAGUACUAAACAUAUGCGAGACACUAAAUAUAGGGGUGAGACAAGGCAAGAUGUCCAAUUGAUCGAAAGAAAUGACAAACAAUUAAAACAUAAUUCAUAAAAGGGAAAAACCAAAUCGUUGAACAUUUGAUAAAUAUGUUUUGAUGCAGAAAUUUUAAAAAAUAGAGAAAAUGCAAUAUUUAAAUAUAAAAAAAAAAUUUAUUCUUAAUAAAAGUUGUUAAAUUCUAUGAAUAUAAUAUGUUUGUGUUCUUGUUUAAAUACACGCAAUACUGAUUGUUUCUUAAAAAAUUGUCAACCAAUCAGCCAUUGAACAGUAACAUGAAUGAUAAUGGUAAUGCAAAUCUGUAACUACGUAGAGAAAGAGAACAUACUAUCAGAAGCUCAGGGAGGAUUCAGGUCACUAUACAGGUGCGAAGAUCACAUUUUCACUAUUAAAAGUAUUUUAACCUGUCGUUCCAAAGAAGGGAAAACCACUCACUUAGCCUUUCUAGACUUUCAAAAGGCUUUUAAUAGUUUGGCGAGAUGGCCUUCUCAAAGCAACAUGGGAUGCUGGUAUCAUUGGAAAAAUUUUGAAAAUUAUAGAUGAUUUAUAAUGUGAUGUGAAAGCAAAGUGAAAGUUGGGGAUAAUUAUAAAUACCUUGGAACCUAUUUAUCUAACAACUUCAGUGAACGUACCCAUUUUGAUGAUUUUAACCAUGUUCACUAUGGUAACAUACUAUGGAAGACUAUUCAUCUUCCAUCAAAUAACUAUGCUUGUUCUGUUUGGUGCAAUACUUCAUCUAAUGAUAAUGAUAAAUUAGAACGAUUACGAAUGCAAAUGGCCAGAUAUAUUCUAAAGGACACUGUACACCUCUGGGAUAGACACCAAUCUCAACUAUACAUAAUAUAUCCAAGACAAAGUUUCUACUUCUUAUUGUUGAUAUGCACACAAAUCGUUUGCCAAAAAUAAUGUUAAAUGCCAUGUUGUAUUUGAAAUGUGACUUUGAUUUGUUACAGUAUAAAUGUUUAAGUGGUGCUAAAGGGAUCCUUGAUCAAUGUGAACAAGAACAUUUUUUUUAACAUGAGCUUGAACAUAAUAGUAAUGAUCAGCCUUUAAACACUCACUCAUUUAACGAUGUUAAAAAAUGCAUACUGUAUUGGAUAUAUCAAGAAACCAAUGGUUAGAAAACAUUAAACAAAAAUCCUCAUUGGCUGAUUAUGCCAAACUUAAAACCACAUUAGAUCUAGAAUGGUAUCUCCUUGAUAUACUGUAUCUGAUUUAAAGGUGUUAGCCUCAAGUUCAAGCUGAGGUCUAAUACACUUCCAUUGGACAGAAAAACAAGUAAAUGGUCAGGUGAAAGUUCAGGGCAUUGCACAUUAUGUAACACUUUCUUUUUAAUUGUAGUGCUUUAGAGGAUGUAAGAAACAAAGAACUUAACACUCUGAAAUCUGAUUUAGAAUUAUGUGAAGAUCCCAAUAUCUGGCAAAUACAGUAUAUCAAUCCUCAGACUUAGAUAAGAAACUUCAAUUUGUUCUUGGAGGUUGAAAUACAUUAAUAAGUGCAGAUACUCUAGAGCUUUUGAUAAAUACUGUAAAAAUUAUUCCAAGAUUGCAUGGUGCAAGCAUGAAAUGUUUAUGUUUAUUUUUUAUCCUUGUUGUAGUUUAAUGGAAUUAAAUGUUUUCAUUUUUUUUUUCUCAACUGUCAGCAUUUUCACAAACGUACAAGCAUAGUGUUCUCUGUUACCCCCUCCCUUGAUAUGGAUAUUGCAAAACAACUAAAUACUGUAAAUUACUAUAUUUGCUCACCUGUAAAUAAGCUAAUGUACAUUAUAUUCAUGACUGCACUAUAAUUUGGUCAUAAAAGUUCAUGCGUAUGUAAAGGCGUAUAAAUUGGUCUAACCCCCCCCCCCCACCACCCAGCAAUAAUGUUGUUGUUGUUGUUGUGCAUAUGCACAUGUGAAAGUGCUGAUAUUUGGGAGCAACCCUUACAACUAUACAGACAGUAUACUGUAUUGAAAAUUUGUUUAGUAGUAUGACUGUAUAAAAGUUACUCCAUACCUUUAAUUUUCAAUGGUAUAAUUUUUUUUAAUUUGUAGUCUUAUUUUGUAUGUACAGUAUUUUUCAAGUUUAUUUGCAUAUUUUAUCAAUGAUGUUGAAGUGUGCUCCUUCUUUAGUUAAUUUUUAUAUUUUUGUAAUUGAAUGCACCGUGUGUGCCGCCGUUCCAAAAACGUAUGUUCUCAAAGUAAAUAAAUAAAUAAUGGUUAAUGAAAUGGUAAAUGGUAAUGGAACUUCAAAAAACAACAUGUCUAGGGUAGUUCCUAAACUUGCAUACAUCACAUUUUAGACAGCUAGGUAACACCAAAAAUUCAUCAACAUUCCAUUGUCUUUGUCUUAUUUCUGUUCUUAGUUAUGGCUUUAUUAUUAUUAUUCUUAUUAUUAUUACUUUUAGCUUAUUAUUAUUAGUUACUAUUAUUAUUUACUG